AUGUAUCGCAUCUCGAAUAUCUACGUCCUCGCCGCGUUUGGCACCAUCGGCGGGGCCCUCUUCGGCUUCGAUGUGAGUUCGAUGAGUGCCUGGAUUGGCGUUGAUACAUAUACCGAAUUCUUUGACAACCCGGACUCCAAUCUCCAAGGAGGUAUUACUGCCUCCAUGUCCGCUGGUUCCUUUGCCGGGUCUAUCGCAGCAGGAUGGCUCUCUGAUAUUCUUGGUCGUCGGGGCGCAUUGGUGAUCGCCUCGUUGGUGUGGAUUGUCGGGGCUAUGGUUCAAUGCAGCGCCCAGAAUGUGACCCACCUAGUCGCCGGCCGCGUGGUCGGUGGCCUUGCUGUUGGUAUUACUUCGUCACAAACGUGCGUCUACUUGUCGGAGCUGGCCCCGGCUCGUAUUCGCGGCCGUGUCGUCGGUAUCCAGCAAUGGGCUAUUGAAUGGGGGAUUCUGAUCAUGUAUCUGAUCGCAUACGGUUGUGCCGUUGGUGUGUCUGGGCCGGCUGCGUUCCGCAUCUGUUGGGGUAUCCAGGCGGUCCCUGGUCUCAUAUUAUUUAUUGCGCUAUUCUUCUUUCCCGAGUCGCCUCGGUGGUUAGCUGGAAAGGAGCGGUGGGAAGAGGCUUUGGAGACUCUGGCCCUGAUUCACGGCAAUGGUGACCGCAAUGACCCCGUAGUGCAAGUUGAGUUUGCGGAGGUUCAGGAGGCCGCCCGAGUUGCCCACCAGGCGAAGGAUGUCUCCUUCUUCGCUCUGUUUGGUCCUCGCGUCUGGAAGCGGACCAUGUGCGGAAUGAGUGUUCAAAUGUGGCAGCAGCUCCUUGGCGGCAACGUGGCCAUGUACUAUGUUGUUUAUAUCUUUGAGAUGGCUGGCAUGACUGGAAAUACCACUUUGUGGUCAUCAGCCAUCCAAUACGUGAUUUUCCUGGUGACCACCGGUGUCAUGCUUCCAUUUAUCGACCGCGUGGGUCGACGCAAGUUGCUGCUCACUGGCUCUGUGGCUUGCAUGAUCAUCCAUUUCAUCAUCGCCGGCGUGAUGGCCAGCAAGGGUCACUCCGUCCCUGAUGUGAACGGCAACGCAAAUCUCACAUGGUCGAUUAAGGGAUCAUCCGGUAUGACUGUGAUUGCAUUCUCAUAUAUCUUUACCGGUAUCUAUGGCUUCACUUGGGCUCCCACCGGAUGGAUCUACGCCUCCGAAGUCUUCCCACUCAAGCACCGAGCCAAGGGUGUUGGUCUCUCCGCCUCAGCUAAUUGGAUCUUCAACUUCGCACUGGCCUACUUCGUCGCACCUGCUUUCCACAACAUUCAGUGGAAGACAUACAUUAUCUUCGGCGUUUUCUGCUGCGUGAUGACCAUCCAUGUUUUCUUCAUGUAUCCGGAGACUGCUGGUCGGUCUCUUGAGGAGAUUGAUAUGGUGUUCGAUAUGGACGUUAAACCGUGGCGGACUAAUAUGAUCCAUGACACAUUUGGUGAGGAGAUUGAGAAGUACAAAGAGACAGCCGCUGCCAAGGAGGCGGGUGCGGCGACCCACGAGGAGGUUGUCUAG